CAGAGGCCGCAUAGAAUCUUGUCACUCGAUAGCUAGUUCGGCUCACAUAUAAAGUCUUUAACCGCAUCCACCCAAGCGCUCGCCUAUACGGCCGGCCCUUCCUGCCGUAUAUCCACAAUGAAGCGCGCCUCGUACUCAUCGUCACCGAAAGUUUUGUUGAACAGAUCAGCACCAGCUCCACUUUGCAAAAUAACUAUCGUUUAUCUGGCCAACCGAUUCCAAGCAUCUCCGCAGAUUCAUCAAGAACAUGUCUCUCGUACAGCCGGGUUUUUCAACAAUGCAACCUCGGGCGUGGUGGCGGAGUGGUUAUCGCGCAAGACUAGAAAUCUUGUUCCUUCGGGAGCGUCAGUUCGAAUCUGGCCCACGUCGAUGAAAUGGUAGCUCAACGGAUAGUUGUGGCGCGUAUGCGCUUUUAUUUUUUUAUUUUUUGUUUUUCCCAAGAUAUGUGCGAUGCGUCUAACAUACAUCACAGCCACCUUGUUGUACUCUGACUCGCGUAUAUCCCUCUUCGCGCAGGCGAUAGAUUGUUGGCCUGAUCAGUUCGAGGGCAUCACCUAGUGGCUGGAGUUGCCAUGAGCGGAACAGGUGACGGAUGUACCAGCCUACAGGAUCGCCGUACCCCCCGGACAUGUAGAAUACAAUUUCCGUCUUCUUGUUUGCAACACGAAACAAGUGCUCGAAGCCCUUCACUAAUUUGUCGGGCUUUAGCUCGUCGUCAAAGAUGC